AUGUUCCAAUGCAUGCAGUGCGAUAAGUCCUACCAGAGGAAGACCCAUCUACUCCGCCAUGAAGCUACCCAUACAAAACAGUUGGAGUCGAGCUGUCCCAUUUGCAAGAAAUCGUUCCUGAAGCCAGAAGUCACUCGAAGGCAUGCCAAAAUAUGCGCCAAGAAGCAUGAUCAACCGCCUCCUCCGGCCAGUAAACCAGGGAGAAAAAGACAGUCAUGCGAUUCAUGCUUUUCAACGAAAUCUGCUUGCGACAGAAAAUCGCCAUGCUCUCGCUGUUGCCUUCUUGGACGGGAAUGCUCCUUUGAAACCCAACAGAAUCAGAUGCUUAUCAAAGCACCAGUGUCGAUUCCAUCGAGUCCAGCUUCAAUGAAUCUGAAACUGGGCCGUAAUCUGACCAAGACGGACGGACCGUUCUUUUUUCUUCGUCAUUUUGCUAAUCCGUCUGUCAAGAAGGACAGACUGGCAAUAGGGGAAACAGCAAAAUGGUCUGUUCCAAGAAACCUCGAGACAAUCUAUUCCCACCUAGAACACGCACUGGUCCCCACUGAUCCGACGGAGGCUCUUUUGGGUAAUAUGGAGCUCCCUCAGUUCUCUUUUCCGCUCUCAUCUAUAAGUACGGAUGACUACCUGAUCCCCCAGUAUCCGUGGGAAGUUAACUUCCCUUCAAAGCUCUCAAAUCAAUUAACAGAGCUGAUGAAAGAGCUAGUCGAAACAUCCGCAUCCAUGAAUUUUAGCAGCUCCGAACAUCAAAAUAUGCUUGAAAUGGCAGAUCUCACAACCCUGUUUAGCGUCUCAAAUAUUUCUACCUUCAUCUCAGCGUUCUUUAAGUCUUUGCACUGGCAUCUCCCAAUCAUCCAUUUUCCCACCUUCGACCCAGGGAAUCUUUCUAAUUCCUUGCUCCUUUCAAUCUUCCUGUCAGGUGCAACAUAUUCUGCCCCAGUAGACGGGACGAUCCUAUCGCCCUGGCUUUUCGAUGUGGCAGAAGAGUAUAUCUUCCGCAAACUUACAAACAUAUCAACUAUCCCAUCGCUGGAGGAGCCAACAAGCUUUCUACCUACUAUUCAAUUGAUCCAAGGGGCUUUGAUCAUGGAAAUGCUUCAAUUCAGCAGGGAUGAUAUGAAGACAAGGCGUCGAAUCCGCAUCAUGCGGCAUCCGUGCCUUGUGUCGACCAUACGGUCUUUGGGUAUAUUCCACCUCAAGCGAGGGCCAUUACCCAAGGCCUCUGACGAUCGAACGUGGAGGCUCUUAGUUGCAGAGGAAGUUUGCAUACGUGUCGCAUGCUGGGCUUUUCUGGCGGAUGGAUUCUUGACAGUAUGCUUCAAGAACCAUCCAGCACUAUCAAUUUUUGAGAUGAACUGUCAUUUGCCCUGGACUUCAGAGUUAUGGGAAGCCGAUGAUGCAGCCUCUUUCGCGAAAAUACUUUCCAUGCAACCAGAAGGGUCAGCUAUUCCUCCUUUCAAGGAAGUGAUCACACAUUUACUCGAAACCCCCGAAACCGAACCCCAAAUACAGUGGAGCCAUUCUUUAUCGCCAGAGAAUCUUCUUAUUUUAAUAUAUGCCUUGAACUCCCUUGCGUUCCAAAAUAGAGCAGGGCUCCUCAGAUACUUCUCACUCAGUACAAUAGGGCGCGCUGCCAAGAAUUGGAAGCUAAUUUGGGAUUCCGUUAUCUCCUCUUUGGACAAGACCCAGUUCUUACAUCUCGGAUAUCCCAAACAUGCAGAAGAGCUUUGGUGGUUGCUUAAGGCGACCCUAGAGAUUGCAAACCAACAGGAUGCUCGCUUCGCCUACCUGGAUAAUACCGCAACUGACGAAUUAGCAAAUUUGAAUGACUUCAUUCAAUGGUGUCACCGCAGCAUAGAAUGA